CUUGAUCUCCCCCUUUUUAUUGAUUUAAUUUCUACUUUUAAUGGAAAUGGCAUAAAGAAAAAAGUAGAAUGGCAUAUCUCCAUAUAGCUAGCUUGUGAUUGUUGAUGGCUUGCUUACACAAAGAGUGAAUAUGAUGUCAAUGAAGUCAAGGUGGACAAACGAGGAAAACAAGACAUUCGAGAGCGCGCUUGCGUUAUUCGAGGAGGAGAGCCCCGAGAGAUGGUUCAAGAUUGCGGCCAUGAUUCCGACCAAGUCCGUGUACGAUGUAAUAGAUCAGUACACACAAUUGGUUUCGGAUGUGAGUGAUAUCGAAGCCGGUUUAGUUCCCAUUCCUGCAUACUUGUCUUUCAAUAUCUCUCCAAACAGAUCCCCGCCUUCCCACCGCAAGAAAGGCCUCCCUUGGACCGAGCCCGAGCACAGGCGUUUCCUAUUAGGGCUUGAAAAGCAUGGAAAAGGUGACUGGAAAAAUAUAUCACGAAACUUCGUGGUGUCGAAAACUCCAACACAAGUGGCUAGCCAUGCUCAGAAGUACUAUAUGAGGCAGCUCAACGGAGACAAAGACAAACGGAGGCCGAGCAUCCACGACAUCUCUAUUCAUCUCACCGGAGAUUCUCAAUGUUUUCAUGACGACAACAACCAAGGGGACUUGAUGCUUUUCGACCACGGUUAUAGCCAUGGAUAUCCCUACACAGACUCCUUAUAUAUAUAGUGCAUACUUUAAAUUAGGUCGUGUAUUGAAAUGCUCUACUCAAAAGUGACUAGGCUUUCAAGACUCUUGAAUUAUAUAUAUAUCUACACAUGCUUAAGUUGUAUGCUAUUACUCCAUUACUUAUGAAGAAAUAAUGGAUAACUAUCUCUAGGUAUAAUAUUAUGUUCAUCACUUUUGAUUGUUUACA